AUGGAUUCUUUCCCUGACUCAGAGCCAUACGCCAGAACGGCGAACUCAACGAGAAACUCGUAUGCAUCUACCACCGGGCAUUCAGAUCGAGCCUCAAAUUCCUCAAGAAGUUCGUACGGCUCAAUUUCAGAGUUAGCCACCGUCACCUCGCAAAAAUCGAAUAUCUUCAGGACUGACGGCCUGGACAGAAUCUCAAGCUUUUCCAGAACCGCAUACUCCUUCUCUCCCUCCUCCGUUGCGAGUUCUCCACAAACAUUGAGUCCCGAGAAUGACGAUCCAAUGAAUCUACCUCGCGAUCAAGGAUCCAGAAAGGAAGAUGGAGCGCAAGCAUUGAAAGAUCCGAAGGAGGUACAAAAUAUUAUUUGUGUUGCGUUUGGGGCUUUUGAUCGGUAUUACAUGGCAUGGGAGGACAAGGAUGGGCAAUUCCACCAAGAGAGUCAUAAAUUACCAGAAAAACUCCAUACAUGGCUGUUUCCUCCAGAUGGGAGUACGAGAAACUUUGAGACCCUUCAAGUUUCUCUGGGGUCGAAUGAUGAGUUCUUUGCCUCUGAUAAAUUUGAGAAAAUAUCGAGUCGCGAUUCUUCACAUCCUAUAAGUACCAGCGAAUCGAUAGAAGAAGUUCCCCCUUCAGCUCGUCUGACAAGAACAAAAGCGCACACAAUCUCGAGCAGCAUACCAGAAGAACUUCUCAAGCGCCUAGACUACAAACCGGCAACACCAAAACUAGAACGGCGGAAAACAGAUCUUUUUACCAGAAUAGAUCUCAAGCAAGAAACUCCGAGAGUCCAGAGGCGGCGGAGCAUCAUUAUAGGUGGUGCGCCGAUACAGCACUCGUGGGAAAACAAGAAAGCACUUCCAAGGCUGCGGACGCAAGGAACCUACCAAAUUGACCUUGAGAGGAUAAAAUAUGUAGAUGUGGGAGUGCAGACUGAAGACAUGCAUUUCGGCGAGAGGGAGCCUCCCAUAGCAGAAUUUUCUUACUAUGGUUAUGUUGAGCCGAGAAAUCCUGUGUCCAUCGGCUCCAUGCAGGAUUUUUGCCGGACGCAUCAAUACUCCCUAGGAGAUGCUCUACGGUAUGUGUGA